AAGUGUUGUCGGAUAUUGAAAAUCCAUAUCGCCUAUGUUUCAGUGUUCUUUCGAUACUGCUUUGGAAAGAGUUUCUCAUCCACUAUGGAUUUUCAUAUUUACAUCUGCGCAUGCGCUGCAUAUCUUCUGACAAUGUCUCACCAUGCUUCUGCCAAGUGUGAAGAAAACUGUAUAAUUCAGUGUCCCUCCUCUAUGAGGACAGCAAUGACGUCAUCGUUUCGCCACUGGAACAGACGUUCCAUGCCGGAGUGUGUCAGAGAAUGUUCAUACGUCUGCUCGGGAGGAGUGGUUCUACAAAUACCUUAUUACGUACAGCGUCACAGACGAGUAGCAGACAACACUAAAGUACUGUUGCCGUUUCCAUUUGCUGUUGAAUUCUACGAUGAAGACGGGGAUGAACAGAUCUCGUUUUCUGAGUUUGUGUCCACGGUGAAGUGUAACGACACGGACUCUACAGCGAGAGAGGCGUUUGACCUUGCUGACACUAACAAAGACGAGCUGGUGAGCAGACAGGAACUACUCCAGGCUCCGUUCCAGGUGUGUCUGGACGAUGACGACGAUUGGGAGGAUUGGGACGGCGAUCGACAUCACAGACAUCACAGCCGUCGCAGACAUUACCGAGGUUAACGCGGACGUCCUUCGGAUUUUGACUACGUCAAAUGAUGCUUUAUUCCCACCCCUGAAAUGUAAAAGAACACAAGAAAAGCAACAAACUAACCAACCCCCACAACCCCCACAACCCCCUCAACCCGAGCCGAUAAACAUUAAAAUAGAAUUGAAAAAUGA